AUGACAUCGUAUGUUGCCUUUGGAUCACGUCACUGGAACUCGGUGGUUGACAGCCUCGGAGAGAUCAAGGCCACUUUUGAUGAUGAAGCAUUUGAUCGGUUAGAUGACGAAGUCAAUCGAUGGCCAAAGACGUUUUGUUUCGAUUUGGAGCCUGAAAAUCUUGAAGCCCGAUUGCUCCAAUUUGUCUCUGGUGAAGUUCCGGACAAAGCUCGCGCUCCAUUGGUUGCAAGCACCAUACUCUAUCUUCGAGCCAACCAGAUCCGCAUUCUCGUCAUGCGACCCAUUCUCUUCUCGCUGCGUAGUAUUCUCAAUCAUAGCCAUCGUGUGGCUAGCUUGAUAGAGAUCGCGCAAGAUACUAUUCACAAACUGGUCCAGCUCGAUCGGUGCAGUGACUUAUACAGAAAGCACCAAGUGAUAUUGAAUCACUUUCUUUCCUCGGCGACAUCAGUCUUCUUUCUUGCCUUGGCACAGCGUGGUAGGCUAGAAAAGCAGGGAUUAGACAGCACCCUGUCGACGUCGCUCUCGCAAAGCUCACUGAGAGAAACCUUAUUCAGAGCUUUUGAUCUUAUUCGGUCAUACAGCUCCAUGUCUCCCGCAUCACAGCGCCUUUGGAACAGCUUCUCAGUUCCCAGAAGCCUCUUGAUUACGUACGGAUUACUGAAACGGCCCGGCAGCCAUGAUGGCGAGAACAACGUACUUGACGACAUACAUUCUUCAAGUCUCUCGCAUAUCUCGGUGGAUCCAGAACUUGCUGGAGAAGCUUGCGUUGCAGAUCAAGAAAGUGUCUUGCAACCGGAACCCCCUGCAGCAAACUCUACUAUAGACCACCUCAUCAAUGCACCGCAGGAGGAAUUUUGCGUUUCUGACUUUCUAAUAGACUCAAGAUACGAAGCCUCACUAAAUAUUGACGGAGGGUUGUUUUACGCAGAGGACAAUACAGAGGAUCUCUUGAAUAAUAUGUUUUAG